UAUUCAAGUGACAUUGUCUAAAACGAAUUUUGAGUCAGUUACUACUUUCCCACAUACACGGGAGGUUAUCAGAACUUUUCGAACAACUGAAAAAUCGGAAGUCUUGAACUCAACUAGAAAUUUUCGAGGCAGUUGUAGUAAUUACUUUAGUUUAGGGAGAGCUAGAAACUUUCAAGCACCAACACCAUGGACACCAACACCAUCAACCCUGAGGACGACUGUAGUAACAUCUCCAACAAGGAUGUGGAGACCGAUCCGGACCAGGAGCUCCAGACCUCAUCCGAAAUCCAGACUCCGGAAACACCGCAGACAGGACAGCGCAAGCGGAUGGACACGCCCAUUCGGGUGCGAGACAUGAUCAACCUUUACAACUUUGCCACUCAAAAGAACCAGGAACUGGAGAUGGCCAAGUCCCUUUACUUUGGCGCCAUGUCAGAGGAAGCCCAGAGGACGGAUCUAGAGGGCGGUAGCAGCCUUUGCAACAUGUCCAUGUCGGAGGACAAGGAAAAAGAAAAUGAGAGUGUGCUUCGAGUGUCCAAGGAGUCUGUAGUCUUCCAAUCGGCCAAUGACGAGCUUCCGUCUGAUCCGAAUACAGUAGAAAGGUCCUAUCAAAGCAAAACCACAAUUCGACACACUAAUCAAGGCGUUCGGAUAAUCAUCGACAUAUUUUUUGAUAAAAAAGAUAGCGAGAUAGACAUUGUGGGCAGCCGCGUGGAGACGGACAUCCCCGAGAGCCGCAUCCUGUCCGAUUUCCAGCAGCAUUCGCUGGACAUGCAGAACCAGGAGCAAAAGCCGGAGAUCCAGGAUGGGACCAGUGCCCCCAAAUCCACUUAGACUAGCCCCAGGUACCCAGGAGAUAACUCACUAAAUUCCAGGUUACAAGGUCUACAAAUAGUUUUUAUGUAUGUGUUAUUUUCUUUAUUU